AUGGCUUUCUUCAAAUCCUUCAUCAUCGCUCUACUUGUUGUUGCAACAAUGUCAAGCAUGAACGCCGAGGCUCGCCGUCUUCUUCAAGUAACCCCACUACCACAUGUAAUGCCAUCUUUACCAACUUUACAAAAAUCAUCUUUGCCAGACGUAAUGCCAUCAUCAUUGCAUAUAGGAGGUCUUCCACCAUUGUCUUCAGGAAGUCUUCCACCAUUGCACACUUCCAUUCCAUCUCUUCCAAAGCACACCAUGCCACUUCCCAGCUUUCCUUCCACUGAGUCAACACUCGACGUUCCACCAGUGCCAGCUCCAGCUCCAGUUUCCAACCCUCCUCCCAAAUCAUCAACCCCUUCCUUUUUCUCUUCCUUCCCAUUAUUCUCCAAAACUCCUUCAACCAACCGCCGUCUUCUUCAUGAAAACACACUACCACACCCAUCCAUUUCAACUUUACCAAAACCAUCUGUUAUGCCAGAGGUAAUUCCAUCAUUGCACAGUUCCGGUCCAUCUCUUCCAAAGCACACCUUGCCAUUUCCUAGCCUUCAUUCCACUGAUCCAAAAAUCGACGUUCCACCAGUGUCACCAGUGUCAGCUCCAGCUCCUGCUAAAGUUUCCAACACUCCCAUUCCCAAACCAAGCCUUUCCUUUUACAACUUGUUCCCAUUUUUCUCACGAACUCCUUCAACCACUAAUCCAUAA